UUGUUCAUCUUUGACGGCCUGGAUGAAAGCAGACUUUCACUGGAUUUCAACAACAGUGAGGUUGUGUCUGAUGUCACACAGAAGUCAUCAGUCAGCGUGCUGCUGACAAACCUCAUCAAGGGGACGCUGCUUCCCUCGGCUCUCAUCUGGAUAACUUCCCGACCUGCAUCAGCCAAUCAGAUCCCUCCUUCAUGUGUUAGCAGGUUUACAGAAGUACGAGGCUUCACUGACGACCAGAAGGAGGAGUACUUCAAGAGGAGAUUCAGUGAUGAAGAGCAGUCCAGCAGAAUCAUCUCACACAUCAAGACAUCCAGGAGCCUCCACAUCAUGUGUCACAUCCCAGUCUUCUGCUGGAUCACUGCUACAGUUCUGGACCACAUGUUGACUCCAGACCAGAGAGGAGAGCUGCCCAAGACCCUGACUGACAUGUACUCACACUUCCUGCUGGUUCAGACAAAGAGGAAGAAGAACAAGUAUGAUGAGGGACAUGAGACGAGUCCACAGGAGCUGACGGAGGCUGACAGGAACCUUCUUCUGAAGCUGGGGAGGCUGGCGUUUGAACAACUGGAGAAAGGAAACAUCAUGUUCUACCAAGAAGACCUGGAGCAGUGUGGUCUUGAUGUCACAGAGGCCUCAGUGUUAUCAGGAGUUUGUACAGAGAUCUUCAAAAGAGAGAGUGUGAUCUUCCAGAAAUCAGUCUACAGCUUUGUUCAUCUGAGCAUUCAGGAGUUUCUGGCUGCAGUCUACAUGUACCACUGUUACACCAGCAGGAAGACAAAGGUACUGAAGGACUUCCUGGGAGAAGACUACAGUUACUCAUCUCUGGAUGACUUCCUGAAGAGAGUCAUGGAGAAAUCUCUCAGAAGUAAAAAUGGCCACCUGGACCUGUUUGUCCGCUUCCUUCAUGGCCUCUCUCUGGAGUCCAACCAGAGUCUCUUAGGAGGCCUGCUGGGUCAGACAGACAACAGUCCAGAAACCAUUCAGAGAGUCAUCAACAACCUGAAGAAGAUGAACAGUAAGGAUAUCUCUCCUGACAGAAGCAUCAACAUCUUCCACUGUCUGAUGGAGAUGAACGACCGCUCAGUACAUCAGGAGAUCCAACAGUUCCUGAAGUCAGAGAACAGAUCAGAGAAGAAACUCUCUGAGCUCCAGUGCUCAGCUCUGGCCUACAUGCUGCAGAUGUCAGAGGAGGUUCUGGAUGAGUUGAAGCUGCAGGAGUACAACACAUCAGAGGAGGGACGACGGAGACUGAUCCCAGCUGUGAGGAACUGCAGAAAGGCUCGACUUUGGGGCUGUGGACUCUCAGAGACUCACUGUGAAGUUUUGGCCUCAGCUCUGAAGUCCAACCCUCAUCUGACAGAUCUGGACCUGAGUCUCAACAAACUGUCUGAUUCAUCAGUGAAGCGUCUGUCUGCUGGACUGGAGAGUCCAAACUGUAGACUGAAGACUCUGGAACUUUGGGGCUGUGGACUCUCAGAGACUCACUGUGAAGUUUUGGCCUCAGCUCUGAAGUCCAACCCUCAUCUGACAGAUCUGAACCUGAGUAUCCACAAACUGUCUGAUUCAUCAGUGAACUUCAGUGUCACACUACAGCGUCUUCCUGAAAGCUGCGUCUGA